GCAUGGAGUGUAUGCCGCUCAAUUCAUUUCCAUUUAUCCUGUUGCUUUUGAUUUAAAAGUGGAUGUUGAUACUAUGGGAACUCUUUAUAAUACAGCCCUUCUAUUCACAGUGACAUAAAUAUCCCAACUUUUCAUUUAAAAUCCUUUUAAUUCAGAGCUAUCGUGCACUCAUGUUCAGAUCCGUACGAUAUAUAAUCCACCCUACCCCGAUUCAAUCAAGUGUGGAUACUAAAACUGUUAUCUCCUGUAUGAAAUGAUGCAAUACUGUUGUGAAUUAAACGGAUUUUAAUUUAACUUUUAUUUUGAAUUACAGGUGUGAAAAGACUUUCCAUGAAGCUCAAAGCUGCAAGUUGGUCGAAGCAUAUUCUGAUGUUGAUAUUGACGCUUGGACUUUGUGUAGUUAUUUUAAACAACUGCAACGAGCAAAAUGUUAUCUACAGUUUAUCAACAAAUAUUACAACUAAUUUUUUUUCUGCUGAACCAAACAAGGGAAAUGCAAUUCCAAGGCCACCCAAGAAGUAUGUUACAGUAGAAUUUUUAGGGCGACUCGGAAACUUACUGUUUGAAUAUGCAUCACUUUAUGGUAUCGCCAAACAUCAUAACAUGACACCUAUUGUUGAUGAGGGAUGUCAUUUAAAGAAACAUUUCAAAAUAUCUGCUAUUUCAGUUAAACCGUUAGUGAAUUUAAAACGUUACGUGGAGAAAAAAGGAAACAUGUUUGAGGAAAAUGUGUUUAAUCUUGAUACAAAAUAUAACUGGACACUCAAAGGCUACUUUCAAAGUUGGAUAUACUUUGGUGAAAAUAGUAUUGAUAUAAGAAGAGAAUUCCAGUUUCAAGAAAAUGUGCAAACAGAAGCUAAUAAACAAUUUCAAGAAAUGAUAAAGUCAAGGAACAUUACAAAUGUGAACACAUAUACUUUUAUCGCUGUUCAUGUUCGUCGUGGUGAUUUUGUUCAAAAUCAACACUUUGUUAAUUAUGGAUAUACAUCAGCAAAUAAAAGCUACAUAAAUAAUGCAAUGACAAAAUUCCGAUCACAAUUUUCAAAUGCUUUUUUCAUAUUUUCGUCAGACGAUAUAUCAUGGUGCAAAAACCAUUUUAACGAAUCAAAUAUAGCAUUCAUUAACAAGAAAAAUUCACCGGAAGUUGACAUGGCGAUAUUGUCUCAUUGUAAUCAUACUAUAGUUACCACCGGAAGUUAUGGUUGGUGGACUGCAUGGCUCAUUGGCGGCACAACCAUAUAUUUUAAAGAUUUUCCUAGAAAAGGAUCAAAACUAGACAACGUAUUUAAUUCUACUACCUAUAAUCUACCGCACUGGAUUGCAAUGUAGAAUCUAACUUUGAGCCACUUUUUGGUGUUAUACUUGAUGCAGCAUUGAAGCUGUAAACAUGUAAAUGAGUGCUUAAUAUGUGAUUGAUUUGAAUGCAACCAGAGAGCAUACAUCGUUUAUAAUCUAUCCUUUUUAAUACAUGAUUAUGUAAACGUAAAUUGUUUUCUUGUAUAGCAGCGUAAUAUUUCCAACAAAGCGUUACAGAAAAUUCGCGUACACUAUUCUAUGAUAUUGCACUAGUGCAAAUAUAGCAUAUUUUUCAACUUCAAAUUAUCCACGUCAUCCGUGAGUACUUUACUAUACAAUAAAAGGGUUAUUGCAUGAAUAUUGGUGAAUAUGGUCCCUUGUAGAAUAUAUUCUUGCAAGCUCGUGCAAUAUAAAAUCUACAUGCAAUGACCCUUCUAUUAUUGCUCUAUGUUAAUUUAAUACCCCUUUUCUUACAUUUGUCACAGGAUUGUUUUGAUCAUGCUUUGCAUUUAAAAAGACGUCAACGAAACAACAUUACAACAAAACAACACAAUUUAACCAAAAGAAAGAAACAUCUAGUACGUAUCGCUUAUUAAUCUGUAACGAUGUUAACCAACAUUUUAUGCAUGUUCAAGAACAAAUAAACAAUUAAUACAAUAGGUAGGUACUGUAAUAAAGGCCGUCUCGGAUGAAUGUUGUGGAAAUUUGGACUGCCACUGCUACAUUGGUUAGGGUAAGAAAUUUUGCCUAUCCAUAGGCCACCUACGGAUCCCACAAAGAGUUGUUGCAAGGGUUCUUAAUGUGUGUCACUCUCUUUCCAAGAGGCAUCGGAUUUAACGUCCCCAUUCUGACCGGACGAGGCUGCGUACAUCCCGCACAGACACACGGUCUCCUCGCUUUGGCAAGGGUUUUACUGCCGGUCGGAAGAAGACCAACGUGACCAAUCAUCCUUGGGAGUUCAUAAAUAAGAUGUUUAUGAUGAAAAGUAAUUUAAAUGGUCUUUCGAAUAAAUUCAUGUGCAUAAUUUAAUUUCAUCAUUUGAUUAAACAGUGUUGACGUAUAACGGCUAGUUAACUUUGGAUAACCUUUACAGACUAUUUUGAAUUCAAGUCUGUCGUCAAAAUUGAGGCAAUCGACGCCUUGAUUACAAAUAAUAAAAGUACUGACAUGCUGUUUACUCAGAUAUACCCAAGAUCUGAUGGCUGGGAAAUAAAUAAAAAAAAAAAAAAAAA